AUGUCUUCCGUCGGCAACGAAACUCACCCCUUCUCCCCCAUGCCUCCGCCUCCUACUGCGCUCGGCAAGUACCGCACUCUGAGCCCACACGCCGGUGUCCGUGUAUCCCCUCUCACUCUGGGAGCGAUGUCUGUUGGUGAUCAAUGGGCAAAGUUCGGUAUGGGGGCGAUGGACAAGGAGAGUAGUUUCAAGUUGCUCGACGCUUACUAUAAAGCGGGGGGCAACUUCAUCGACACGUCGAACAACUAUCAAGAAGAAUCGUCUGAGAAGUUCAUAGGCGAGUGGCUGCAGGCUCGCGGCAUUCGCGAUGAGAUGGUCAUCGCUACCAAAUAUACGACACCUUACAAGCGUAUUGAUGACUCGGUCGGAAUCAAGAUCAACUACGGGGGAAACCACACCAAGAGUCUGCACGUCUCGGUCGAGCAGUCUCUCAAGAAGUUGCGCACGUCGUAUAUCGACAUUCUCUAUCUGCACUGGUGGGACUGGAGUAGCGGCACGGUAGAGAUCAUGAACGCCCUUCACAAUCUGGUCGUCUCUGGCAAAGUCUUGUACUUGGGGAUUUCCGAUACACCGGCAUGGAUCGUCGCGGACGCUAACAGAUACGCGAUUGAUCACGGCAAGACGCCGUUCGUCAUCUAUCAAGGCCGUUGGAACGUUCUCUCCCGCGACUUUGAGCGUGAGAUCAUCCCAAUGGCACGCCACCUUGGCCUCGCGCUUGCGCCUUGGGACGUCCUAGCGAGUGGUAAGAUUCGCACGGAUGCAGAGGAGGAGGCGCGUCGCACGACGGGUGAGCACGGUCGUGACCUAUGGGGUCGGGGUUGGGAGCGCAAUGAGAACGAGAGGAAGAUGGCGUCUCAACUCGAGAAGAUAGCUGCUGAAGUUGGUACCAAGAGCAUCCAAGCCGUGGCCAUUGCCUAUGUCUUGCAGAAGACGCCGUAUGUCUUCCCGAUCGUCGGGGGCCGCAAGGUUGAGCAUUUGCACGCGAACAUCGAAGCGCUCGAGAUUGCCCUCACGAAGGAACACAUCAAGCAGAUAGAGGGCGUCGUGCCCUUCGACGCCGGUUUCCCUCACAACCUCUUUGGUCGGGAAGAUGAUGAAUCGCUUAGCCCGCUUCUGACCAUCGGUGGUCAUUUCGAUCGCUGGCCUCUCCGACAGGCCAUUGUUCCCAAGAACGAAUGA